UCAAAAGGGAGUUCUUUUCUACGAGUGUGUUUCACUUAUUUACACGUGUUUUGAGAUGGCCCCGACCAAGGAAAAGGCCGCCGCGGCCCCAAAGGGUGGAAAAGUAGUGAAAAAACCCGCCGCCAAGAAGUUCCAGCCCCUGACCGAUGGAGUACGUCGUUAUCUCAAGCGUAAGCAGAAGGCCCACAAGAAAUUGUUCUCCCUGAAGAAUGUCAAGAAGGUGCGUGCCGAGAAGCCGAAGGUCGCCAUUACUGUUGUGAAGAAGAUCGGCGGAGCCAAGAACGGUGGAGAGCGUACGGUGCUGCUGAAGAAGAACAAGAGCUACCUGCCGACCCUAUCCAUCGUCCAGAAGCGUUCCGGCAAGAAAUGCUUCCGCAACCAUAAGCGCAACAUCCGUAAGACCCUGAAGAAGGGUAAGAUUCUGAUCUUGCUGGCUGGUCGCCAUAAGGGAAAGCGUGUCGUCCUGCUGAAGGCACUGAAAUCGGGUCUGCUGCUGGUCACUGGACCAUUCGCCCUGAACAGCUGCCCGAUGCGUCGUAUCUCGCAGAACUACGUGAUUGCCACCAAGACCCGGGUCAACUUGAAGGACUACAAGGUACCGAAACACAUCAACGAUACCUACUUCCGCCGUAUGCCCAAAAAGAAGAACUCCCGGGCCGAGCGGGACAUCUUCGCCGAAAAGGUUGAAAAGUACGUUCCAUCUGAGCAGCGCAAGACUGACCAGAAGACCGUCGACGAAUCCGUGCUGAAGGCAAUCAAGAAGCACAAGGAAGCUAAGGUUGUCCAGCGCUACCUGAAGUCGAUGUUCUCGCUCCGGACGAAUCAGUUCCCGCAUCGUAUGCAGUUCUAAGCUCGUUGAUGGUGGCAGAGGGACAGUUCAACACCGGCGACAACAUCCAGCACAGUCGCUUCCCAUACCCCUUCUCUCGAGUCAAGGAACGUCGUUUUUAAGGAUUAAUUAUAAAUUGUAACAACACUGGAUUGUUUACUGGUACGGAUAAAAAUACAUUUGAAGAUCGCUAUCUUUACAGUGAGAAAAAAAAAACGUGGAUUAGUG